CGCGGCAGCAGGAGCGGGAUUGGUUGGCGUCGCCGUAACCAGGGGAUUUGGUGGGGUGAUGGACCGGUCCGGGGGCUGCAGGGAGAGGCACGAUGAUAUCUUCUGUGAAAAUUUUGUCUGGAAUUAAAUUUGAUGACCACAUUUAGUAAGAUUGAUCUUCAAGGACCAAAGGACUAAGAGUAUUUAUCGUUUGGUACUUUGACCAAUAUGGACAAACCAAAAUUAGAAUCUGUGUGGCAGCGUCCAUAUGUGAAUAUCUUCAAACAUUUCAAAUUGGAAGAAUGGAAGAAGUCAACAAAAGAAGGAGAUAUUACAGCUGUUAUGGAUAAAACUCUGAAGUGCACAGUUUAUCGCAUCCGAGGUUCGAUCCCUGCGGGUAACUAUAUUCAGUUACCAAAAACUACUACUCAAUCCCUUGGACUAGUUGGCCGCUACCUGUAUGUCCUCUUCAAACCAAUUGUAUCCAAAUACUUUGUGGUUCAUUUUGAUGCCGUCACUGAGGAUAGUCAAGUCGUUCGGAUUUCAUUCUCCAACCUGUUUAAAGAGUUCAAGUCCACGGCCACAUGGCUCCAGUUUCCUUUUGUUUGUGGUGCUGUGAAAGGCUCCGUGUACAAUACCACUGCAAAAAGUGCAAAGCAAGAUCUAGUGGGCAUUGCCCCUGUUGGUGUGAAAUGGACGUGUCUGAUGAUGGAUCUUCAUUAUAUUUUGUCAUUUUAUUUAAAUAGACACUACAGCCACCUGAAAAGCAUUAAACUUUGCUCUAAUAUGUUUGUUAAGAACAUCUUCACCAGUGACUUGUUAUUUGAGCCAAGUGUGACAGUUCAUAAAGCUAAGCAGACAGGACUAGUGCUGCAUGAUGUUUCCCCAAUGCCCCGAGAAAUGGCUUUCCUUGUGCCUAGAGGAGAAAACUGGCAUGAUAUCUAUGAUUAUAUCAGGUUUCCUUCAGAUGGAGUUAAGAUGCCAUAUGACUCAAUUCAGAAGGGACAAACAAGCCCACAUAAAACAGGUCAUUCAACAUAUUGCACUCCAAUUAGAAUGAAUUCACACACAGUGAGUGUCAGUAAGGCUGUCAAAGACAGGGUUUCCCUCAUCCAACAAAUUACCAGCCCAGAAGCGGAACUGUGUAGGUAUCGGAGAUCGCCUCGGAUCGUUAAGAGCAUCCCAGAAAUACAUUUGGAUACCACUUUGUCACCCAAUCAUGGUCUGGGUAGCAGAGAAUGGGAGAAUGAUGACACAACAAAAAAUACUGAAUGUAUGAAAGUGAUUCCAGCGGAUGAUGGUGGAAUUCAUGUUUUUGCGGAUCAAAGUGGUGGAGCUGUAAUCCACAGAGCCAGAGGUGAUGCUGAGGUUGUACGUACUAAGAUUUCUACGCCCACCAGACUUCCUGGUGAAAAAUUCAAAAACCGUAAGGGAUUACAGCCAGACCCUAUACUAAAGCUAAAGAAGAUUAUUGGGUAUGGAGGGUACACAGUGAAAUGUGCUGCAUGGACUAAAUCUGGCUCAGCUGUGGCCUAUCCCUGUCAUGCCAUUGUCGUGGUGAUGGAAAUUGAUACUGGACAGCAGAGAUUUUUCAUUGGACACACAGAUAAGGUAUCUGCUUUGUCCUUUAAUGGCAGCACAACACUACUCGCAUCUGCACAAACUGGAAAUGUAAGUCUGAUCAGAGUUUGGAAUUUCAACCAAGGGAACUGCCUGGCAAUGUUUAAAACACAUGUGCAUUCAGUAUCAUCCCUCAGUUUUUCAUUCAAUGGGGGAGUACUCUGUGGUGUAGGAAAAGAUGGUCAUGGUAAAACAAUGGUCGUGGUAUGGAACACAUCAAAGGUAAAUCAGGAUGGUGAAGUGGUAGUAAUGGCAAAAGCUCACACUGAAGUUGAUAUUCAGGUGAUGAAAAUAGCUACUUUUGAUGAUACUAGGAUGGUGUCAUGCGGAAGAGAUAAUAUUCGUCUGUGGCGAGUUCGAAGUGGGGCACUGCGGUCUUGCCCAGUAAACCUGGGUGAAUAUCAUUGUUUGGCAUUUACAGAUGUAGCAUUUGAAGAGGGGCACCUGGCUGAUAAAGACCCUGCAGACAGAACACUCUUUGCAUGCAGUAAAAGUGGACACAUCAUUGAAAUCGAUUAUAAAAAUGUUGUUAUUAAGAAAGCACGUCGCUUGUUUCCCUCACAGCAAAACCACUCGCACCAGCCGGAAACAGUGACGUUGAAUACAGGUACUGGGAUUGCCAUCAAUAGCAUCAGUGUUUCUGCUGCUUUCUGUGCCACAGGAUCUGAUGAUGGUUACUUGCGUCUUUGGCCCUUAGAUUUCUCCACUGUCUUUCUUGAAGCAGAACAUGAAGGUAGUGUCAGCUUUGUAAGCAUUGACUCCAAUGGGCUGAAAGUGCUGGCUGCAACUACUACAGGUAAUCUUGGAUAUCUGGAUAUACCCAGCAGAGGCUACACUACACUAAUGAGAUCACAUAUGAAUAAAAUUCUGGCUUUCUCAGUGGAUGGUAUAAGGAGACAUCUUGUUACUGUAUCUGAAGACUGCACUAUCCGAGUAUGGGACUUAGAUUCUAUGCAACAGUUAUAUGACUUCGUGAGUGCUGAAGAGACUCCAUGUGCUGUUACUUUUCAUCCGUUGCAGCAAGUUUUUGCUUGUGGAUUCAGCAGUGGAGUGAUUCGAAUUUUUAAUGUGGGAAAUUCUAGUCUCCUGGCUGAACAGCGGCAUAGAGGACAAGUGAUUGGACUUACAUUUUCUCCCAAUGGGGAGUAUAUGUACAGCGCUGGUUCUCUGGGUUCAUUAGCUCUGUACGAUGCUACUAAGGAGGAUCAUCAUGUUAUUAGGAUCCUGGGUAAUGUUGUGGCAAGAGGCAGUUACUAUGGUCCAGAUGCAUUAACAGUGAGCAGUGAUAGCUGUUAUUUGGCUUUUGUGGGCCCAUCUGAAUAUAUUGUCACUGUAAUGGAUGCUCACUCACUAGAUGAGUUAAUGCUUGUCGAUGUCAGUAUUCUGGACCUGGAGACAACCACCCUUGACACAGCUAUUAAAGUGUGCUAUCCUCCUGCUACAGUCAAACAGCUUCUCGUGACUACAUCCUCUAAGAUACUAUGGUUGAAUGCAAAAAGUGGAAGAUUGAUUCGAGAGGUACAUUUUCAUAGCAUAUCAUAUAAAACAAUCCCCUCAUCUUUAGCUGUGAGUGAGGAUGUUCGGUAUCUACUGACGACUGGGGAGAAGGUCAUUAAAAUCUGGGAUUAUCAUAUGAAACUGGAAAUUAAUUUCCAGAUGUUCAUUGGGCAUUCUGAAUCAAUUCAACAAGCUGCUUUUACUCCAGAUCAGUUAAGUGUAAUUAGUGUUGGAGAUGCAAUAUUUAUCUGGGAUUUCCUUGCUGCUGCUCUGGAUCAAGAGGCAAAUCUUCCCUCAAAUCAACUAAAUGAGCGUCAGAGUCUCGAAGCUCCUUUAAUUGCAGACAGCAGUGAACAACCUCGGCAAUUUGUACCAGUCCCCAGCUCUUCUCCACCACACAUCCAAGUUCUGAUGGCAAUUUUCCCUUCACCGCCAUUUUCCCCGCGUCAAGGGUUUUUAUCUUAUCGUGAGAAUAAAGAUGACCGCAGACAGAGAGAUGAAUCGAUCACAGUUGGAAGAAGUGGGGCCUCACUCCUGCAAGUUCAUGAAGACAUGCAUUGUGGAGAGCAUAGUGUCUUCUUUCUUGAGACCUGUUUCAUGUCAGGAGGACCAGGAAGAUUUGAAGAACCAGGCCUGAAUCAUACAAACAUUUGCUGCUCGAUUCAAAAACCCUCUUCUGUCUGUCAGGAUGCAGUCGUCCCUGAAGGGAAGGAGGAUCUGAAACUAAAAGUUGUAAUUGGAUACAAUGGAAAUGGAAGAGGAAAUAUGGUCUGGAAUCCUGAUACAGGUCUUUUUGCAUAUUCUUGUGGCUGUUUGGUGGUGAUUGAGGACCUGCAUUCUGGAUCUCAAAGACAUUUAACAGGCCACACAGAAGAAAUCUCCACUCUUGCAGUCAGCCAUGAUACACAGGACCUUGCUUCAGCUUCGGGGAGCAAGACAAAUCCUGGCUGUUGCAUCGUUAUUUGGGAUGUAAUGAGUGGCAGUUGUAAGAAGGUACUUUCCCAUCAUAUAACAGAAGUGCAAGCUAUGGCUUAUUCCAGAGACGACAGACUCUUGAUGUCUGCUGGAGAUUACAGGGACCUCACAAUUGCUUUAUGGAAUACCAGGAAUUAUGAGCUUGUGGCAACUACAAGAAUAUCUGAUCCUGUCCAUGAUUUAGCAUUUGACCCAACUGCCUUCAAUGAGUUUGCCUGUGUUGGGGUAGGAGCUGUGCAUUUCUGGUUGGUAGAACAGGAUGGUAAUGAAGUACAACUAAAGGUUCACAGGGUCUCAAUCCCAGAAGAAGUGAAUGCUGAAGAGCUUACCGCACUAUGCUAUAACAGUGAUUCAGUUCUUUACACUGCUACCAACACAGGGAAGAUCUGUGCAUGGGACACACAGCACAACAGAUGUUUCAUGACUUGGGAUGCAGAUGAAGGAGAGAUUGGAACUCUGCAAUGUCGAGGUUAUCGCUUGAUGAGUGGCAGUAACACAAAGAAGAUCCGACUGUGGGCAGUCGCUGCAGUGCAGGAAAUGAGACUUGAGGGAACGGGAGCAAGAUCAAAUUCGGUGCUUCUGGAGCAUGAAAUGAUUCUGGAUGGCACUGUAGUUAGUGCAGUCUUUGAUGAUAUCAUGGACAUGGGAAUUGUGGGAACCACAGCAGGAACAUUGUGGUAUAUAAAUUGGGCUGAAAGUACCAGCAUCCGUCUGAUCAGUGGUCACAGAAACAAGGUUAACCAGGUGAUUUUUAGUCCAGACGAAAGUCACUUUGCCACAUGUGCAGAGGAUGGCAGCUUACGAGUGUGGGUCAUGCACAGCACUGAGUUGGUUGUUCAGUUUCAUGUUCUCAAUCAGAACUGCUUGUGUAUGGCUUGGAGCCCCAUAAUAAAUUCAAAGAAAUGUGCUGACAAACAGCAAAUAGCUGCAGGGUACAGCGAUGGUACGAUACGUCUCUUUGGAGUCUUGAAAACUGAGAUGGAAUUGAAGAUUCACCCUCACCCAGUGGCAGUCAGUGCUAUUCAAUACUCUAUGGAUGGUGAGGUCAUUAUUUCAGGAGGUAAAGAUGGCUUGAUGGCUGUGAGCAGUCCUCGUACAGGAAUUACCAUCCGUAUUAUCAGUGAUCAUAAAGGUUCUCCAAUUGCAACAAUCGAAUGUACACAGAAAAAAUAUGAUGAAUUUGAUCUUGAAGGAAGUGAAAUGUGGUUGGCUGUCAGUUCUGAUCGACGUGUUAGUAUUUGGGCUGCUGACUGGCAUAAAGACCAGUGUGAACUCAUUGACUGGUUAACAUUCCCAGCACCUAUUGAACCUCAGGUAUGUGACAAGAAUAGUCUCCCACCUAGUCUGGCUGCCUUCGCGCCUAAUCGGAGUGGCAUUGUAGCGUACGUGGGAUUUGGAGUGAAGCCGGAGAUUAUUUUGUACAGCCUCUAUCAAAAACAGACAAUUAAAGAGAUAGCUUUGUCUCACUGGGCUACAAGUUUGAGCCUCUCUCCAGCAGGACAACUUAUUGCUGUUGGGACCACUGAGAGACUAAUGAAGAUAAUUCAUUAUCCAAAUGGAAAAUGCCAAGGUUUCACUGGGCAUAAUGAUACUGUUCACUUCAGUCGAUUUACACCAUCUGGGAAAUUCCUCCUAUCCGUUGCAUACAAUGAGGUGUUGGUCUGGGAGGUUCAAAAAUCACCUGGCGAUCUCAACAAUGUACAAUAUCUCUAAGGCUGCAUAACAAACACAAAGGUCAUAUUAGCUGUAUUACUGUUUUCAUGAAUGUAGAUGCUUUUUAUAAAGCUCUGUGGGAUCAUAUUUAUUUCGUGUUGUACGGCUCAAUUCUGACACAAUCAUACUUCCCAAAAUUACUUUGUAAAAGGCAUCUAUCAUAAGAGAAAAAUUGUAAAUAUUGAUAUUAAUGUUUAAUCAUUAAAUAAUGUAGUUGGUGCAUUGCACACAUUGUGGAGCUUUUAUAAAUAGUUGCACUAAGAUGUUUUUAAAUCUGGCCAGGGUUUUGUUGCAGGAUUCUGUUUGUGAAGAUAACUGAUCAUUUAAUAUUUCUAUUAUUCAAGUGAUUUUCUACUACAUGAAUAAAUUUUUUUUUACUGGUAUCCAAGUUGAAUGCUGGUUAUGGAUUUUAUGAAAUAUGUUUCUGCUUGUUAUUGUAUUACUUCAUAAAACAUUUGUUGUUUUUACACUUCUGUGCUGAAAUAUUACCUAGUCUACAGCACUGAACAUUUAUUCCUAGUAUUAGGAGUUGGAGCAUGAAGAUGCUUGAUUCAGUUUGUCUAAGAACUGUUGUGGCCUACGGAUCCUUUUAGUGACUACUGGUUUUAUCACUCCUCAGUACCAAAGAAGAAUGUGUACUGCACACUCUUCUUGGGGAAAGUAGUGGGCUCUACUGUUUCAGAAUGGAACACUGGCCACUUAUUUUAAGACUGCUCAAUAAGUGACUACU